UGGCUGGAGCACAGAUACAUUUCAAUUGUUUUUAUUAUUAUUUAUUGAUCACAAAGUUCCUAGUUCGACUCCGUGUCAGUCAGCCUGUAGUCACUCGUCACCGACUUUUUAUUAUGGAACAAUGAAGGAAACCACGACGUCACCUAGCAGCUGCCCUCCAGGGUCCCACGAUGACGCUCCAGUGGAGCUGGAAGAAAACAGAGCGAUGGAGAUAAAGCAAGUAACCUUGCACAAGCGAUCUGAGGAAGCAAAACAACACAGCAAGAAGGAUGGUGUUUUAACUGCUGAGGUGGUUUCCAGGCGUGUUUCCAACCUUGGACGCCUUGCCACCGGGCUGCAAUAUUUGUACCACCACCUGUGUCUGCCUAGUCAGGAUCUCAGUGACAUCUCUGUUUUAUGCAAUUAUGUCCAUCUCCAAAAGCUGCAAUUGUCACACAACAAAAUCAAAGAUUUGUCCUGCGUGAGCCACAUGCCCUACCUCGUCGUCCUGGACGCUUCUCACAAUGAAAUCUCCAGCUUCUUUGGAUUCCAGCCACCCAAGAACCUAAAAGAGGUCAAUUUCUCUCACAACCGUAUAACAAAAAUGAAGGACUUGUCAGCCUUUUCAUCUCUUAUUAAUUUGGAUCUGGGCUACAACAGUUUCAGUGAGAUCAGUGGUCUUGAGCAAUGUUGCAAGAUCACCAAUCUCAGCCUGGAACACAACAAGAUCUCGAGGGUCAGAGGCCUGGACACACUGCCCCUCACACAUCUCUGCCUUAGGGGGAACCAGCUGGAGAGGAUUGAAGGGUUGGAUAAGCUGACGUCUCUGCAGGUUCUCGACUUGUCUCUGAACCGCAUCACCACUCUCUCUGGCCUCCAGAAUCUCCACCUACUAGGCUCUAUCAAUCUGGAGAAAAACCUGAUCAGUGAAAUUCAGGAGUGCAAACACAUUCAUGAUCUUUUCCUGUUGAGGGACUUCAACCUGCUGAGAAACUCUAUCCAGGAGCAACCCGAUUACAGAUUGGCAGUCAUCUUCCUCCUCCAACAUCUGACUGUGUUGGACCAAGAGAAAGUCACUGCUGAAGAAAAGGUGUCAUCAGUAAACAAGUAUGACCCUCCUUUGGAUGUGGUGGCAGCCAGGGAUCACAUGACCCACCUGGUGUAUCAUCUGAUGCAGCCUCAGGUGCUCUAUGACAGUACGAUGCCCAGUGCAGACUCUCCAUAUCCUAUGCUGGUUCUGACCGGUCCUCAAGGCUGUGGGAAGAGAGAUCUGGCUCACAGACUGUGUCAGGAAUUGAGUGAAUACUUUGCCUACGGAAUCAGUCACACCACUAGGGGGCCAAACUUCGAAGAGGAGAAUGGAAUUGAUUACCAUUUCGUCAGUGAGGAAGAUUUUCAGAACAUGAUUCAGAUGGGUAAAUUCAUCCAGACCACGCAGCACGGGGGUCACAGCUACGGUCUCACCAUAGAUGCCAUCGAGGAGGUAGCCAAAGAAGGACUAGCGUGCUGUGUGCAUAUGGAGCUGGAGGGUGUCCUCAGUCUGAAGAACAGCCACUUUGAGCCUCGAUACAUCCUGCUCAUCCCCACCCAGGUUGAGAAAUACACGGGCCACUUGAAAAGCCGCGGCCUCUACACCGCGGCGCAGAUCGACGUGGCGAUGUCCCGCGUAGAGCUCUACGGCAACACCAACAGGCUGCGACUGGGAUUCUUCGAUAAUGUUAUCCCCUGUGACAACUGGGAGGAAGCCUAUCGAACACUGAGGCAGAUAGUGAAGGAGUACCUGUUGGUAGAGGAGCAGGAAGAAGGAGAGAACAACAACAGAGGAUCCCCUGACAACACCUCCACGGGUCACGAGCCAGAGGAGAAGCCACGGUCGCCACCUCUGUCGGGGGCGGGAUCCGGAGCACUCGCAGCGCACUCUGCCACAGCGCUUGACCCCUCAGACCUGUCUCACAGAAACUACUUCAACAAGAUCCAGGCAGCGCUCAGCCCUCAGAAGAGCGCCGCUGAGCUAGCUUCCAUCAGGAGGCGUGAGCAGCUGGUGAGAGAGGCCAUUGUGGGGGAGAGUCUCGGGAUCUACAGCCAGCUCUUCAAAAGCUCUGCUCAAAAAACACCAUCAUCACUGCAUGAUCCUAAUCCCCAUUUCAGUGAGGACAGCAGCUCGGAUGAGUCUCGUGCCAGUUCAGCGCCGACUGUGCCCAGUUCAGCGCCGACUGUGCCCAGUUCAGCCGGGGGCUUUUCUGGUUCAGUGCAGCCGCUCGAUAUGUCUGCCCUGGGACACACCUUGGAAACAGUCAAAGGCGAAACUCCCGAAGCCCCGGAUCCAGGCACAGACCUGCUGGCCGCGGCCGUGUCUCCCUCCUCUGAUAGACGUCCUGGGUCCAACGUCAAGCCCAUCCUGCCUCCAAUCCCUUCUGGGCGCAAGACGCCUGCAUCACCCAGCCCAGCGCCUUCACCCAGACCCAGUCCGAACACGGCUGUCGAAGAGGGAGGAGAUGUAGACGGGGAGGGAUAGCUUCACAUAGCCUCGGAAAUUAGAGGAAGUCAUAAAAGCACAUCACUUAAAAUAUAACGUUAUUCGGUUAAAUUAUAAGAGUGUCUUUAAAAGUUCAAAGUAAACCGCAAAACACACGUGUGUUGCUAUCUAACCACAAACUAGAGUGUGAUGUGUUGAACCCAAGCCAAACACUUGAGGUCAGACUUAACUGUCGGCACUUUUCCUGUGAAAUGUUGCUCGUGCCACAGCACGCCUGGAUCUUUUGCACUGGCUAUAUACUUUAUAAAUGAUAAGUGAUGGGGUUAAUGACCAGAUAUACUGUCUAUAAGGAGACUACAGUAUAAUUAUAGGCAAAGUUGUGUUUCUCCUCUUUGUAGAAUUACUGGCGUACUGGCCUGAAGGUAUUGCGUUGUCAUAUGUUGUGAUUAAAGUCUUUCAGUCAUGAGGAAUACAAUAGUGUGUUCAAGAUAGUAAAAAAUAGUAAAACAGUUAUUUUUGGCUAUUCAUAUUAAUGUGUUCUAAUUCUUAACUAAAAGUACUGUCUGUUCAUCUUGGAAAAGUUUAUAUCUACAAAGUAUGUAAUAUCAUAUGAUAUUUUAUGAAUGUGGCAUUAAUUUUCCUGACAGUGAAGUGGCAUUAUAUUUCCCACUGUUUACUAAUCUCAUCAAAUAGGAUUUGCCAUUGACACCUAGAUGCAGAUAUGUCAUAUGCAGCAUGGAGCUCUUGUCAAUGAAUGAUAAAUACAUCAUUAAUCUUUAUCUCCUCUGAUGGGAUUAUUUAUUCAACUGGAAAUCCAUUCAUAUGGAAGUUGUUG